UUUGGUUUGGCAGAAUUGAAAUUUUUGAAAAAUUUGUCUUUUUUCCUGUCUCUGAUUAUCGUACAUAUUUUACUUUUUCCUACUUGUCUGAUUGAGCGGAUCACCAGCCCGGUUAGUUGUUCCUGUUUCGCCACCUCAAUUUGGGAUGAAAGCCUUUUCAAAGCUUGGUCCAAAAUUGUCUACGAACUUAUUCCAAACGUCAAAAUACUAGAGCGAAGUCUUAAACAACUCUGCGAAGUCCUCGAAGCGGACGAAGUAAUACUGUUCGAACGGGACACGUUUUUGGAAAUCGCUUGUCACUCACGUUCUCCCUAUCCGGACGAACACCGAUUCGAUAAGAUCAGCAACAUAAUCAAGCAUUUCAAGUUGUCCUGCGCUAAAGUUGGCGCCAACUUCACCAAAAUUGAGCUUCAUAAUCAACACUUCUCCGCAUUCAUCGAUCUGUUCACUUCAAAAACAUACAUCAUGGUUAUAUGCUCCGAUCCCUCCAUAUGUACAUCUUUAGUUCUUAAUCUUCGACGUCAAUUUAAAAUCACAUGA